AUGAAUGAAGACUCUUCUGAAAGCAAUGAAGGAAGUCUAGACAUCUGUACAGUAGGAGAAGAAGAACGAAAACUGGCUCAAGGGAUUCAACCCCAAAUUCCCAGCUCUCAUAUACAUGCCAAAAAGGGUCUUCCUGUGACUGUGGAUGAAGGAAGAUUUCUGGAUAAACCACCUCUAUCAUACAUAGCUUUGAUUGCAAAGGCGAUACUUUCUUCCCCCACAAAUAAACUGAAUUUGGCUGCUAUCUACAAAUAUAUUGAAGAUAAUUUUCCUUUUUACAGGAACAAAGGUCGAGGUUGGAGGAACAGUGUAAGGCACAACCUUUCACUAAAUGACUGUUUCAUCAAGGUGGGAAGAUGUGAGGAUGGCAAAGGAAACUACUGGAGUAUUCACCCAUCAAACUUAAAAGACUUUGUCCACGGGGACUUCAGGCAACAUCGAAGGUCACGAAAGCGAGGGCACCAAAUGGAGAUUCUCCUCGACUUGACUUCGGUUAAAACCAGCAUUUUCUGCUCUUUCCCAAGUGUCUCGGAGCAGUACGCAGGGAGGAAAGGGAGUGCACCUAGUUCGAAGAGGAUCGCGCCGAGUAAUAUUAGCGGCCAAGCGCCGUGUUGUUCCCGGCACGUUGUGCCCACCAGACAGAGGGUCUGCCUGCGAGGCCACGCUGAACAGGACGAGGGGUUCUUGGAACAAAGCGCAGCCCGGAGAAAGGGCUGGGAGCGCUGCGGGCACUCACGAGAGCGGACGGCGGACGGCCCGACGGCGGCGGCCCGCGGCAGGGCAGGGCAGGGCAGAGCCGGGCCGGAGCCUCGGGUCGCUGCGCGCCGCCGCUCCCGUCCCGCCGGCGGGGGAUGCCGCGGUCGCCCGGCGCCCAACGAAGUUGGCGGUGCCCGCGGCCGGGCCGCGCCGUCCCGCCGGUUCGGUGCCGCGGGCUAA